AUCAUCGCUUGCAGUUGCAGCAUCACAAGCAAACUGAAGUCACUCACAGCUCUCCAGCUUCCAUCCAGAAAGGAGAAGGAAACAAGCUAGUGGACAACCAACCAUGAUCAGCGCCAAGAAGAUUGCUCAUCUCGCCAAGAAGUGGCAGAGGAUGGCUGCACAAGGGAGGAAGCGCCUCGCCUUGGGGGCGGCAGCAAAGCAAGCCGACGAGUGCUGCAGCUAUGUGGCGAGCAAGGGCCACUGCGCGGUGUACACGGCCGACGGGGCACGGUUCGAGGUGCCGCUGGCGUGCCUUAGCACCCCGGUCUUCGGGGAGCUCCUACAAAUGUCACAGGAGGAGUUCGGCUUCACGGGCGGCGAUGGCAGGAUCACGCUGCCCUGCGACGCGGCGAUCAUGGAGUACGCCAUGUGUUUGCUCAGGAGAGGAGCCUCUGCUGAGCUAGAGCAGGCGUUCCUUAGCACCAUGGCCAUGUCAUGCCACUGUGCCAGCCACAUGGCGCCGUAUGUUGGACGAGCUCACGAGCCAGACAGCAGAUUGUUGUUUAGUUUCUGUUCAGUGUAGUGUAGAUAGUGGAGCAAAGGUAUUAGCUAGAUAAAUAUUAUUCCAAGCCUUCUGAUCGUGUGCAAGGAUGCGACUAAUCAAGCAAGGUCUUAAGAAGUUAGAG